UUAAUGAAAACUAGGGUACUAUCUGGCCAACAUGAACAGUAUUGGAAAAGUUUAUAUCAAAAAGAGUAUGAUUUGAGGGUUUUAGACAGGUCUAAAGACUUUACCCUUUACGUUGAAAGGUUUUCGGUGUGUUUUUUUUUUUUUUUAAUAUACAUACGUGUAUAUAUAUGUAUGUAUCUUAAACUUUAGUCCAUUUGUAAAUGCUGUCUCCUAAAGUGGACCUGGUCUUCAAAUAUGAGACCCAGUUUAAAGUGACUUUGUUGAGUGCUCAUAAAACAAAUAAACACCAAGCUAUGGCUAAAAAAAUUAUAUUUGACCUUUUAUUUAACAAUUUUUAAAAAGAAAUAUUUACUUAUUUUAUGUAUAUGAGUACACUGUAGAUGUCUUCAGACACACCAGAAGAGAGCAUUGGAUCCCAUUACAGAUGGUUGUGAGCCAUCAUGUGGUUACUGGGAAUUGAACUUAGGACCUCUGGAAGAGCAGUCAGUGCUCUUAACUGCUAUUUCUCCAGCCCUUAACAAAUAUUUUUAAAGAUUUGCCCAAAGGGAAAAAUAUUAUAUGAUCUAAAAAAGGACUCAAGCUGUCAAGUCUUUUUUCUCUUUAUAGCAUGUAACUAUGACCUUUUUCCUAUAAUUAAAAAAUAAAUAAAUGUGGCACAGCCAGAGCUACAUAGUGAUAUGAUACACACACACACAUACAUACAUGCACACAAAUGUGUGUAUGUAUGUGUAUGUAUGUAUAUAUAUAUAUAUACCCUGAUAUUUAUUUUAAAUUCAAGAAAAAUAGUGUCCUAGUUGAAUAUAAUUUUUAUGAAAUAUAUUCUCUGUAGUCUCUUGUAACAAUGAAACAUAUUAAAAAUAAUGUUUGAAAUUUACUAGUUUAUUUUCACUCAGCUCUCAAAUCAUACACUUUGUGAAUACAUUAAAUUGGUUCAAACUUUUACUUUGAAUUAGAAUUAAAAAAUUGACAAACUAAUAAAGUCUUGAUUGGUAAUAAUUUAGUAUGAAUGCUUGCCCAACUAUAGCACCUUUUUUUAAAGUUGGGAUUAUAGGUUUCUAAAUGUAUUUGCUUUAGAAAAAUGAAUACAUUAUGUCUACUUUUAUGAAGUUUUAUCUGUCCUAUAAAGGUUUCUUGCCUCAUGAUACUUAUCAUCUUUUAAAAUGGUAUUUAAAGUCCAUCAAAACAUCAUUUCCAGUAAGUUCUUUUAAUUUCACCAAGAGAAGGCUGUAGUCUAAAUGACAGUAUUAGUACUGUGUUCUAGCUGCAGGUGUUUAAUUUCUUAUAUACAUUAAUCUGUAUGUCAUUAACAGUGCUGAAAAGUGAAGUAUGAAGCCUUCAUGCUUGAGGGCAGGAAAAUUUUAAACAUAUCAAAGAAAUAUUGGCCCCCCUCACUGUUCAUGUGUGGCCAGACAUUUUCUAACAGCUUCUGUGGAUUUAACUGUGAAUUAGUGAGCUUUUUAUAAUCAAAUUGAUAUGAUGAUCUGGCUCACCUCAGAUCUACCAGAUUCUAAAGUGGCUCUGAAUAUCUUUGGGGAAUUUGAAGCUUUAAAUCUAGUUUUAAAAGACUGAAUCGUAUAUAAAAUAGAAAAUAUUUUGAAGAAGUAUUGUUUCACUUUAAAUCCACAUGUAGAAAUUGACUAACUGAUUCCUUUUGUGUUUUGAGAUUGUUUCUGUAAGGACAUGUUGAAUCUACAUAGAACUACAAGUCUGUUUCUUCUGUGCUUUUUAACAUCUGUUUACAGUAGAUCCAGUUCCUUUUAAAAGCUGAAAAAAAUAAUAGCUAAGUUUAGAAAAAGUACAUGUCCCUUUAAAUAAUACCACAUUUUAGUAGUUCUUAUGUAUAAAUAUUUAAAGUCCUUGAUUUGGGGUCACUAAUGAAAAGUUUUCUCUUCCUGUAUAGUUGAGAAAGUCUUUACAGGUAAUUACAUUAAAAGCUAUGAAUUGAAAUAUGAAAAUAGAAAAUUUGACCAAAGGAAAUACUCUAAACUAUCUAUAUAUGUACAUAAAUGUAUUUAUAUUUGUGGCUCUGAGGAUUGAACUCAUGGCCUCAUACAUGAUAGGCAGGUAGGUGCUCUACCACCAAGACACAUCUGCAUCCCAGUAAAGUCUUAUUAUCUUGAAAUCAUUGACAUAAAAAUAGUGAAGAGAGUAAAAAGACAACUUUUAAAGCUUUCUUCUCACAGAAAGUUUCUGUGAUUCUUGUAAUUAAUAAUCUUUUAAUUUACAUAUUUACUUUUUAGUAACCAACAUAGUUUAUUCUAUUUUCCAAUGUCUUAUUAAUAGAAAAGACCCCUUUAAUGUACACCUUUACAGAUAAGAGUUUAAUUUACAGAGUAAUAAUUGUAAGGGCAUCAGAAUGUAUCAUUGGAGUCACAUUUUUAUUAUCAGAUUGAUAGCCUUGGUGAUACAACUAUCAAAAGAAAAACUGGGAGUAUUUUAUCAAGUUUGGCUUCUGGUCAAAAGCUUGGUAGCUAGGGAAAUGCACAUUAAUUUAAAUAUCUGAUGUUUUUUAAAAACAAAAAUCUGUAGCAUUUGCUGUUUACAUGUGAAAUGCAUAAAAAUGAUGACUGUUGAUAUAGUUAAUUCUUCAGCGCUUUGAAGGAGCUGGAUUGGCUGCUGUCAGGUAGGAGGGCCUGGUGGGGACAGACUUCUAGUUCUGCCAUAAAGGUUUGUGUCACAGAUUUUAAAUCAGUUUAAAGUUUUUAAAAAACAAUUUAGAGACUGGGAAUAUGUAUGUUCAUGACAUUCUUUGUUAUUUAAUUAUUAAAAAUGCAUUUCUCAAAUUCACCAAAGUAGUUUUUCCUCCUCCUGCCUCGCAUAUUACUGAGGGCAUAAAUCAGUGUGAUGCCGCUGAUCCACAAUCCAGAAUCCUGGGUAAUAGGAUGUUUCUCAGCCCCUUGUAGAUCGUUAGGAUUUUGAUUUUUAUACUAUUAUACCUUUACAUACUCUCUCUGCUCUGUGAGUUCAAAGGUUAGGAUAGAGAAAGAUGAGGGCAGGAGACACAGUUUCUCUUGGGUAUGAAGACAAGGUCAGACAGAGCCUUUCAUUAGUUUAAAAUUUGUCCACCUUUGUAUUUUUAAGAAUUCUCUUGGGAAGAUAUUAAGAAUUUAAAUUCAGUAUGUCAGUGGAUGAUAGAUUCAGAAAUAAGAACUUUUAAAACAGUGUUCUAGGCUCUGUAAAUAGCUAUGACAGAGGCCAUUUUCUUAAAGAAAAAAAAGUCAAUGAAUUAAUAGUAUUAGCAAAAUGAGGAGUUGACCAAGAGAAAUGAAAGUUACAGCAAUCAAAUAUUUUAGUUACAUGUUUACAGUUUUUAAUCCUGAGAUUUACUUGUUUACAGUAAUAAAUCUUUCAUGGAGAUGAGUGUUAAUCUAUAUUGUCUAUACUAUGCCAGGUAGUAUACUUAUAAUACCAGCAUUUGAGAAGUUGGGAGAUUAGUAGUUCAGAGUCAACCUCUGCUACAUAGUGAAUUUGAAGCCAGCAUGAGCUACAUGAGACCCUGUCCCUUGCCCCAAAAAAUUAAUUUGCAAAUUAAUUUGUUUGAUUUUAUUUGGGGAUAUUUGAUUGGCAUUAUAUCUCUUAGAUUAUAUUUGGGAUAAAUUGUCUUCAAACUCCAGAGGUUCCUCCUGCCUUUGCCUUUAGGAUGCUGGAAUUAAAGUAGGUAUGUGCCUUCUAUCCUGUGAAUAGUUCAUUGUUUAGCUCAAGAAUUUAAGUUAAAAAAUCUAUAGAAUCUAUGCCUGCCUGCAAGGAUGACUGCUAGUUUGAGGGCAGCCUAGGUUACUUAAGAGUGUCUUGCCGGGCAGUGGUGGCACACGCCUUUAAUCCCAGCACUCGGGAGGCAGAGGCAGGCAGAUUUCUGAGUUUGAGGCCAGCCUGGUCUACAAAGUGAGUUUCAGGACAGCCAGGGCUAUACAGAGAAACCCUGUCUCGAAAAAAAAAAAAAAAAAAAAGAGUGUCUUUAUCUCAAAAAACAAACAAACAAAAAUAACAACAAAAAAAAGGUAACCAAAGAAUUGAUUAAACUAUAGGUUUUAUAAUUCAGUGGAAGAGACUUAAUAACCAGUAUACAAUUCAUUGUUUUCAUAAAAUUAGUACUUUACUUUGAAUAAUUAAGUUAGUAUUUAUUUUGUAUGUGUGUGUACAGGAUCUUUGUAGCCCAAGCAGGCUUCAAAUUCUCUGUAUAGACAAGCCUAGCUUGGCCAGAUCCUCUUGCAUCUGGCUCUCAAGUUCUGGAAGUACAAGUUUGUCUUUUUUAGAAGCAAUAUAGCCUCAGUACACUAAUACCUAAGGCAUCUUUUUAAAACAUGUAUAGGUAGCUAUACUCAUAAAGCAAAUACAAUAGAAUCUGUUGAGGCACAGGGAGAUGGUAAAGUGCUUGAAAACCUGAGUUCAGAUUUGCAGAACCCAUGGUGCAGUGGUACAUUUCUGUAGCCCUGGCCCUGGGCUAUGAAAAGACAGGUAGAUUUCUCAGAGGUUCCUUAUCCAGCCAGUGUAGUCAAAAACAGCAAGUUUCAGGUUCAGGUUUAAAAAAAAAAAAAAUCUCAAAAAAAUAAUAAGAUAAAGUGAUUGAGGAAGAUAAUCCUAAUGUCAGUGGCUGUUCUCUAUACACUCCCACACGAGUGAAUACCUUCCCCACCCCCAGUACAUCAUACAUAUACGGUCCUUAAUAAAGGACUGUAUUUUUUUUAUUUUUGUAUUUUAAAUUCUCUUGCUUUAUGGGUUUUUACUCAUGAUCAGUUUUGAAGAGGCCUACCCAUUCCCCAAGUUUCUUGACAUCAACCUUAAUUAGGUUUAUUUGGUUCUAAGUAUAAAGAGCCUUCACCAAUUUGGCAUACAUGGGUUCAUCAAAGUUGUAUGUUAGCAUGCAGAAGUUGGCUUUGGCUCUUGUCUAAGGCUUUAAAAGCUUUGACAAAUCAUGCUCUUGUAGAUGAGGAACAGCAGUCUUGAGCUGCUCUGGUGAAGCAAUGCUAACAUCCAUCACAUAUCCAGCCACACUGCCUUCCUCAGCCACAGUGGGGAGCUGAUGAGGAAGCAGAGUUUUGAAUGUGAUAAGGCAGUGUCAUGGAACGGGCCAGAGUAUGUGUAAUUUAAGUUUGUAAUUUUGUAUAACAGCUACAAUAUAGACUUUGUUUUGUUUUGGUUUUUUUUUGAAAGAACCUUACUAGAUAGUGCUUUGAAUUCUGUACUAUGGCAUUUAAUAAAUUUCAAGUAGCCAACACAUGUUUCCUACACUGAAGCAACCUGUCGCGUGAGUGUUGCCUAUGCUAUAGGAAAGGACAAUAGAAAAUCAAAGGUCUGUAAUCAGAGAACAGCUAUGCUUUAAUUAAUUCACUUUAGACCUAUCUAAAUUAAAACCGUAGGAAUUUGGGCAGUGAUAAGGCAUGUCUUUAUGGAUAUCUGAGUUUGAGGCCAGCCUGGUCAAAACAAAAUCUGUCUCAGGAAUUUGUUUAAUUAGCCAUCUGACAUUUUGGCAUAAACCUGUAAUUGGGAGGCAGAGAUAGGAGAAUCUCAAAUUUAAGGCCAGCUGACAUGUAAUUCAGUGGUCCAAUUUAUACCUAACAUUUACAUGUAUCUGAGAUCAAUAUUCAGUAUUAAAAAUAAAGAAAACAGAACAAUAGAAAGACAUAGGAAUGAGGUGGAAAAACAUGUUAGAAUUGUACUGAACAAUGUGUAUAUCAUUGAAUGUAAUUACAUCUCAAUCCUUCCAGCUUCAAUUACCUUUUACUUUCUUAAUGAGGUUAUUUUACUCUUUGAUGUAUGCUAGGACAGAGUUUCUUAAGCUUUUUUCACUCAUAGCCAUGAUAGACUGAAGAGAUUUUUUUUUACUCAACCUUAAAUAGAUACAUGAAUAAAUUAUAUAUACUAAGUACAAAUAUUUACUGAUUACAACUCAAAUUUAUUUUAAGGCUAUUUUAUAUUUUAGUUCAGUAGAGGGCUUAUUUAGUAUGCUCAAAGCCCUAGGUUUAAUCCCCUGUAUCGCAUAAACUGGGCCUAGUGGCAUAUUCCUGUAAUCUCACAGUUUUGGAGGUGGAGGUCAGGGAAUUAGAUAUUCAAGGUCACCCUUGUCACACAGUGAGUUUGAGGCUAGUUUGGGCUAUGAUAAGACAUCUCUGUCUUUUAAAAAGAUAUGAUAGGGGCCGGGCAUGGUGGCGCACGCCUUUAGUCCCAGCACUCGGGAGGCAGAGGCAGGCGGAUUUCUGAGUUCGAGGCCAGCCUGGUCUACAAAGUGAGGUCCAAGACAGCCAGGGCUAUACAGAGAAACCCUGUCUUGAAAAACCAAAAAAAAAAAAAAAAGAUAUGAUAGUUUUGCAAAGUUGAUUGAACAGUUAAAAAACGUUUUUAAACUAUGUUUUAUUCAUAGAACUAGCAACCUCUGUUUCAGAAUUUUUAAAAAUUAUUUAUUUUAUGAAUUGAGUACACUGUAGCUGCCUUCAGACAUACCAGAAGAAGGCAUCGGAUCCCAUUACAGAUGGUUGUGAUCCACCAUGUAGUUGCUGGAAUUGAACUCGGGACCUCUGGAAGAGCAGUCAGUGCUUUUAAACCACUGAGUCAUCUCACUAGUCCCUCAGCAUUAAUUAUUGAGAUAGGUCUUACUAUGGAUCUUAGGCUAGCCUUGUACUCACAGAGGUCUGCAUGUCUUUGUCUCUUGAACUCUUUACUCCAGUUGUUUUGUUGAGACCCUUUCACACUAUUUCAGGCUGGUCUAGAACUCACUAUGUAGCCUAGGCAGGGAUUUAACUCAUAGCAGUCUUCCUGCUUCAGCCUCUAAAAUGCUGGUAUUAUAGGAAUCGACCACCACACCGUGUUGAUUACUUUUUAAAGGGGUAUAUAAGGAAGUAUGUAGCUAUUGAUGUGACAGAGAAAUUAAAGAUAGGGAUGUCUGGGGGGGUGUUGUUUUUGCUUUGUUCAGAUUUGUUCAGAAUAUGUCUCCUACUUCUUAAUAUUUGGGUAAAGGCACAGCCUAAAAUUUAAAAACAGCCAUAAAACAAACACAUAAAAAAAGAGUAUUCUGGCUUAUGGAUUAGAUUGCAUUUAUAAACAGUAAAAUAAAUUGGUGAAUAUGAGUUAACCAAAGCUUUGAGUAAAAAAUUUUUUACAUGCAUUUAUCUGUUAAUAAUUAAAUUUUUAAAGCUUACAUUGAUUAUUGUAGCAUGUAAACUUAUUUUGGGUGGGAAAAGUACAUUCGGGAAGUUGAAACUGUUUUAAACAUGUAAAUUGAUCAGUCCUACAAUUUUUUUUGUUUUUUGUUUUUUUUGUAAAAUAAUCUGGAUUGCUUAUUUUAUAUGCUGGGAUGCUAGUUGUUUUUCUAUUAAUGCACUUAACUUGCAUUCUAGCUUCGCCAUUCAGAGACAGGCAUCGUGUGGUGGGUUGUAUGACAGUGUCUGUCAAUAGUGAAGACAAAUAGUACCAGAGACACUUGACCCAUCCAAUCUCACCCAGGGUCUAGGAUUUGCCUCUGAAGCAGGGAGUGUCUGCAUUAAAAAUGACCUGUAGUUCUCUGCUUCAUAGAUGCUUCUUCAGCUCCCUCCUCUUCCUCCAUGGGCGGUGCUUGCAGCUCCUUUACCACCUCUUCCAGCCCUACCAUUUAUUCUACCUCAGUCACCGACAGCAAGGCUAUGCAAGUGGAGAGCUGCUCCUCAGCCGUGGGGGUAAGUAACAGAGGGGUAAGUGAAAAGCAGUUAACCGGUAACACAGUUCAGCAGCAUCCAUCAACCCCGAAGAGGCACACAGUUUUGUACAUCUCACCACCACCUGAGGACUUGCUGGAUAACAGUCGGAUGUCCUGCCAGGAUGAGGGGUGUGGAUUGGAAUCUGAGCAGAGCUGCAGUAUGUGGAUGGAGGAUUCCCCCUCCAACUUCAGUAACAUGAGCACCAGUUCCUACAAUGAUAACACUGAGGUACCUCGUAAAUCACGAAAACGAAAUCCAAAGCAGAGGCCGGGGGUCAAACGACGAGAUUGUGAAGAAUCUAAUAUGGAUAUAUUUGAUGCCGACAGUGCCAAAGCACCUCACUAUGUGCUUUCUCAGCUUACCACGGACAACAAAGGCAACUCAAAAGCUGGAAAUGGAACAUUGGACAGCCAAAAGGGAACUGGAGUAAAGAAGAGCCCUAUGUUGUGCGGACAGUAUCCGGUUAAAAGUGAGGGGAAGGAGCUGAAGAUAGUGGUACAGCCUGAAACCCAACACCGAGCCCGGUACCUGACAGAGGGCAGCCGAGGCUCUGUAAAAGACAGAACACAGCAAGGCUUUCCUACGGUGAAGCUGGAAGGCCAUAAUGAACCAGUGGUGUUGCAGGUAUUUGUGGGCAAUGAUUCUGGUCGAGUAAAACCACAUGGAUUCUAUCAGGCCUGUAGAGUAACUGGGCGAAAUACAACUCCCUGCAAAGAAGUGGACAUUGAAGGUACCACUGUUAUAGAAGUUGGUCUUGAUCCUAGCAACAACAUGACACUGGCGGUGGACUGUGUUGGAAUAUUGAAGCUGAGGAAUGCCGAUGUUGAAGCCAGAAUUGGAAUUGCUGGAUCUAAGAAAAAGAGCACUCGUGCCAGAUUGGUUUUUCGAGUUAAUAUCACAAGGAAAGAUGGCUCUACUCUGACAUUGCAGACACCUUCUUCCCCCAUUUUAUGCACUCAGCCAGCAGGAGUUCCUGAGAUCUUAAAGAAAAGCUUGCAUAGCUGUUCAGUGAAAGGAGAGGAAGAAGUAUUUUUAAUUGGGAAAAACUUUCUGAAAGGAACUAAAGUUAUUUUCCAGGAAAAUGUUUCUGAUGAAAACUCUUGGAAAUCAGAAGCUGAAAUUGACAUGGAGUUAUUCCAUCAGAACCAUCUUAUUGUGAAGGUUCCUCCGUAUCAUGACCAACAUAUAACUUUGCCUGUAUCAGUGGGAAUAUAUGUUGUGACCAAUGCUGGAAGAUCUCAUGAUGUUCAGCCAUUUACGUACACUCCGGAUCCAGCAGCUGGUGCUUUGAAUGUAAAUGUGAAAAAGGAGAUAUCUAGUCCAGCAAGACCUUGCUCUUUUGAAGAAGCCAUGAAAGCAAUGAAAACGACUGGAUGUAACGUAGAUAAGGUGACUAUCCUUCCUAAUGCCCUGAUCACUCCACUCAUAUCAAGCAGUAUGAUUAAGACUGAAGAUGUUACUCCAAUGGAAGUAACUUCAGAAAAAAGAUCUUCCCCAAUUUUUCAGACUACAAAGAGCAUUGGAUCAACCCAGCAAACCUUAGAAACUAUUUCUAACAUAGCGGGGGGUGCACCCUUCUCCUCACCGUCGUCAUCUUCCCACUUAACUCCUGAAAGUGAGAAUCAGCAGCAGCUUCAGCCCAAGGCAUACAACCCAGAGACCCUGACAACUAUCCAGACACAGGACAUCUCACAGCCCGGGACCUUUCCCGCAGUUUCUGCUGCUAGUCAGCUGCCCAGCAGCGAUGCACUACUGCAGCAGGCAACACAGUUUCAGACAAGAGAAGCUCAGUCCAGAGACACAAUACAGUCAGAUACAGUGGUUAACUUGUCACAGUUAACUGAAGCAUCACAGCAGCAGCAAUCCCCACUACAAGAACAAGCACAAACGUUACAGCAGCAGAUACCAUCAAAUAUUUUUCCAUCGCCAAGCAGUGUCAGCCAGCUCCAGAGUACUAUUCAGCAGCUGCAAGCAGGAAGUUUCACAGGCAGCGCUGCUGGCGGCAGGAGUGGAAGCGUUGAUUUGGUCCAGCAGGUUUUAGAGGCACAACAGCAGUUAUCGUCUGUUCUGUUUUCUACUCCAGAUGGGAAUGAGAAUGUUCAAGAACAGCUUAAUGCAGACAUUUUCCAAGUCAGUCAAAUUCAAAAUAGUGUAAGCCCUGGAAUGUUUUCUUCAGCGGAGUCUGCAGUUCACACUAGACCAGAUAACUUACUACCUGGGAGGGCUGACAGCGUCCAUCAACAGACUGAAAAUACACUGUCUAAUCAGCAGCAGCAGCAACAGCAGCAGCAGCAAGUGAUGGAGUCAUCAGCUGCAAUGGUGAUGGAGAUGCAGCAGAGCAUUUGCCAAGCAGCUGCCCAGAUCCAGUCAGAGCUGUUUCCUUCAGCUGCUUCAGCAAGUGGAAGCCUUCAGCAGUCUCCAGUUUACCAGCAGCCUUCUCACAUGAUGAGUGCACUGCCUACCAACGAGGACAUGCAGAUGCAGUGUGAGCUGUUCUCGUCUCCCCCUGCAGCUUCUGGAAACGAAACUUCCACAACCACCACGCCACAGGUGGCAACCCCUGGCUCCACCAUGUUUCAGACACCAAGUUCAGGAGAUGGAGAAGAAACUGGAGCACAAGCAAAACAGAUUCAGAACAGCGUCUUUCAGACAAUGGUCCAAAUGCAGCGCAGUGGUGACAGCCAACCUCAAGUAAACCUCUUUUCAUCUACAAAAAAUAUAAUGAGUGUUCAGAAUAAUGGUACCCAGCAACAAGGGAAUAGCUUGUUCCAGCAAGGGAGCGAGAUGAUGUCACUUCAGUCUGGGAACUUUUUGCAGCAGUCCUCUCAUUCACAGGCUCAGCUCUUUCAUCCUCAAAAUCCUAUUGCUGAUGCUCAGAACCUUUCCCAGGAAACUCAAGGUUCAAUUUUUCAUAGUCCAAAUCCUAUUGUCCACAGUCAAACUUCCACAGCAUCCUCUGAACAACUGCAGCCUUCAAUGUUUCACUCUCAGAAUACCAUUGCUGUGUUACAGGGCUCUUCAGUUCCUCAAGACCAGCAGUCACCCAACAUAUUUCUUUCCCAAAGUUCUAUCAAUAAUCUUCAAACUAACACAGUAGCCCAAGAAGAGCAGAUUUCAUUUUUUGCAGCACAGAACUCAAUUUCUCCACUUCAGUCAACAUCAAACACUGAGCAGCAAGCUGCUUUCCAACAGCAGCCUCCAAUCUCACACAUCCAGACCCCUAUUCUUUCCCAGGAACAGGCACAACCCUCUCAGCAAGGGUUAUUUCAGCCUCAGGUGGCCCUUGGCUCCCUGCCUCCUAAUCCAAUGCCUCAAAACCAGCAAGGUCCAAUUUUCCAAACACAGCGCCCAAUAGUUGGCAUGCAGAGUAACUCUCCAUCCCAGGAGCAGCAGCAGCAGCAACAGCAGCAACAGCAGCAGCAGCAACAGCAACAACAACAGCAACAGAGCAUUUUAUUCAGUAAUCAGAAUGCCAUGGCUACAAUGGCCUCCCAGAAGCAGCCACCACCAAACAUGAUGUUUAGCCCAAACCAGAACCCAAUGGCUAGUCAGGAGCAGCAGAACCAGUCAAUUUUUCACCAGCAAAGUAAUAUGGCCCCAAUGAACCAAGAGCAGCAGCCCAUGCAAUUUCAGAAUCAGCCUACGGUUUCCUCACUUCAGAACCCAGGUCCUACGCAGUCUGAGUCACCACAGACCUCCUUGUUCCAUAGCUCUCCUCAGAUCCAGUUGGUUCAAGGGUCACCUAGUUCUCAAGAUCAGCAAGUAACACUCUUCCUCUCUCCAGCAUCCAUGUCUGCAUUGCAAACCAGUAUAAACCAACCAGACAUGCAGCAGUCUCCUCUUUAUUCCCCGCAGAACAACAUCCCUGGAAUCCAAGGAAGCACUUCUUCACCCCAGCCACAGGCUACUUUAUUUCACAACACUACAGGAGGCACAAUAAACCAAAUACAAAAUUCUCCUGGCUCAUCUCAGCAGACUUCAGGAAUGUUCUUAUUUGGCAUUCAAAAUAAUUGUAGUCAGCUUUUAACCUCCGGACCAGCUACAUUGCCAGAUCAGCUGAUGGCCAUAAAUCAGCAGGGCCAACCACAAAAUGAGGGCCAAUCUUCUGUGACAACACUUCUUUCUCAGCAAAUGCCAGAGACUUCCCCACUGGCCUCCUCUGUGAACAGCAGUCAGAACAUGGAAAAGAUUGAUUUGCUUGUUUCAUUGCAAAGCCAAGGGAACAAUUUAACCGGCUCCUUUUAGUGAGAUAAAUUCCAUGAAGAAUUCUGUAACAGUGAUUCCAAGAUAUCCUGAGAACUGUGGUUCCAUAAAGAUUAUUGAACUCUGGUGAAGAACUAUGUUUGAGUAAAUGGAUAGAUUUCCUGGCUAUAAGAGUACACCCAUGCUGCCUGUUGCAGUGAUUUGCCACCAAUGUGCUUUUUGUUUCUAAUAACAGUGAUGACUGAGAGCCUGUUAGAUUUUCCAGCUGACAGCAUUGUUGCUUGUGUCCUCUGUUUGUAACUGCAAGGCUGGGCCUCUCAGUUAUUAUUGCUAUUAGGAAAUCAUAUUUGUCAUGUUUACUUAUAUUCUUACUUCCUUUCCUGCAUUAUUUUAAUCAAGUAGUGGCUUAGGACAACGUAAAGUCCAGUAGUGACUAAGGCUGUGCUUUUGUUGAUGUAAAAAACGUGGCUGUUGGCCAAAGUGAAGGAGUUUCUUUUAGUUUUCAUGGAGAAGCUGAAGGAGUAAUUUAGCUGUAUUAGGAACUCUGCAGAUCUGAGGACUCCUCCUCACACACACAAGCAGAUGACAUGCCUGCAAAACUGGUUACAGCUGGGAAGUUAUUGAGUUCAUUUUUCAGAGAGUUGUUAGUUCUCUGUAUUUCUACUAAGGGAUUUAGCCAUAACUGCAUAAAAAUAUUUUGUUCUAUGAAAAUGAAGGGGGUGAUAUAUGAUGUGUUACGUUCUCAUAGUCUCCUCCGGUAGCUUAAACUGACAGUACUUUGAGCCUGUUGUCUUCUUGCCCAGCGUUAGGCUAGUAUUCCCUUCUUAUGUGCAUCACCUGUAUUGUGUUGUCUGCAUUUUUUCUUCGUAGUUUUAUUAAUAUUCUACUGGCUUUCUGACCCUGUAGGAAUUAGAGAAGGCAGCCACAUUGAUCCAGUGACCUGGCAGUCAGCAGCACAGGCCAGGAAUACUCUUUUAGGAGUUAUUGGGAUUUGAUUCCUGGGAAAAAACCAUUCUCUUUUUUUCUUCCAUGAACGGUGCUGUUCUGAAGUCUUCAAAAUUCUCCCUCUGCUGAUAAAUAGCAGUAUACAUUUUAAUUUUACAAACAAGGCAAACAAACAUUUCUCAAACUAUUACUUCUCCCCACGCUGCAGUGACUGUUUACAUGUCAGUCAGCUCAGUGCUUUACAGUUGAAGUGGUCACUUACAUGAUGGUUCCCACAGCCUUGGGCUCCACAGGGUCAUAGCAUUGAUUUAAAAGGAAGAGUUAACUGUGUUGCAUCUACAGAGAGCAAAAUUACACACUCCAGAACUUGCAUUUGUAGCAUUAGUUGUAGAGUUUUGGGUGUCCUUACCACCCGUGGGAUGCCUGCUUCUCACUACCACCUACAUCUGGACACGUGCUUAUGUCUCAUUUAUCUUUGGCAUGUGGGAAGUGUCAAUGCAGCGUUAGCCCAUCAUGUAUGCAGCUUCUAUAUGUUGACAUGCUUUGGUUUCCUGUUCAAUUCUUUUACUUUCUAAGCUUUUAAAAAUUAGCCAGUUCAUGGUUGUUGCCUUUUUCCUUACUUUUCCUUUCAGUUUUUCUCCCCCUAUCCUCCACAUGUGUUGAACUGUGUGGAGCUUGGUGUUGGUUUAGUUUAUAUGGCCAGAUCCUGCUUUGGGACUCUUCCUUUGUUAUUUGACUGUGGUUCUUGUCAUCUGUUUCUUCUCUUUGUCCUUCUCCCUCUGCCCUGGCCCUUCCUUUCCCUCUCUGAGAGGCAUUGGAUUACGUUUUCAGUAGUACAGGCUUCUUGCCAAUAUGAAGGGAACUUUCCAGAAAGAGACCUACUCUGGUCAUUUAAUUUUGAAAACAGUUUUCAAUCGUUCAAGUUUUGGAUGGUUUAUAUCUAAUGUGUGUUUCAUUUUUUUGGAAAGCUAUAUUUUAUAUUUAGGAAAUGGUAUACUAUUUUGCUAUUUGUACUAAGUGAGUACAUUGGCAUAAAUAUAGAAAUUUAUAUAUAUAUAUAUAUAUACAUAUAUAAACUAUUCUUUUUUGCCACACAUUUUUGUGGUAAAUUUGUGAGUUUGUCUGAUGUUCUACCACAACGUGGCGUCUGAUAACAGUGAGGGGGGUUUGUUAUGUCUUUCUUGAGUAUUUAAGCACCUUUUGAAGCAAAUGGCCUGUUUAUCUGUAGCCAUUCCAUCAGGCAGUUCCUCGAUGUUAUUAGGGAGCUGAAGGGCGACUGACUGUGUGUUUGCUGGAUCUUCACUCAGUGAGAUGUUAAAGCGCAAGGAAAUUCAUUUGAGGCAGUGUGUCAAAUGGUGUUUGACAAGAAUGAGCCACUCUGUCUUUGUUCACUAUAUAUUUAAUAUUUUAUUAUUGUUGUUGUUGUUGUUAUUAAUUGGCUUUCUGUAUCCUAUGCCUUUUAUUUAUAAAGACACUAAAAAAAAACCAUGUUUGUAAUUUUAAUAACAUUUCCCCAUCUUUUAAUAUCCAGAGCUACUUUAUAAAUUCUCUAAACCAAAAGUAUUUCCUCAAGAUCUCCUUUCUCCCCCCAGUUCCUAUAGGGAAAAAUCACCCAACAUAGUUCGGGUUACAAGAAGGGUCAGCCACACAAUUCAGUGCUUCAGUUUUAAAAGUAAAACAGACAGACACUAGAGUGUUGUCCAGAGCAUCAUAGAAAGCAGACCUAGCAGAUUUAGGAAAAACAGAAGUCAAAGUUUAAUACCACAUUUACUUCUGAGUUUUCUGAAUUACUUUGUGAGAUCAUGUAGAAGACUCAGGAAAUCUGUUUCUUCACCAAGAUCAAGUUAGAAUGUUUGACACUGCCAUGCUGGGGAUGACGUGGCAGCAGGAAGCCUGGCUCGUGUGGUGGCUUCUGGUCGUUCUGGACUAGCAGCUUAUCCUUAUAAAAUGCUGAUUGGCAAUGCCAAGUCACCGGGACCAAUUUCUGUUUUAUAAUGUUUAAGUUUAGAACAGAACAUCACCUGAACUGUAGUGCUUUGAGAGGAUGGAGGUGGAAACCCCCAUUUUCAGUCUCAUCACUUCUGUGGUUAUUUAUACAAGGGCUGUGCUGUGCUACCAUAUUCCUGCUCGAAUAUGAUGGAGUUUGUUUAUUUUCUCGCAUUGUUAAAUGUUCCUUGCCCCUAAAGGUCCAUGUUAAGAACAAUGUUCUGAAUAUAUGAUUUGGUUACAAAAAGUAUGUCUUCUUAUUGAAGAGUUAGCUCAGUGGUUGAUAUUUGUGCUAAGAUGCAGCUUCCCAGUUACUGUUACAAGUUACAGCUGCCAAUGGGAAGACUCAAUAAGCCAGCAAAGGCCUUGAAAAUCAUGAUUUAUUAAAUUUAUAUCUGGCAGAAGGACCUAAAUAAACUGUGAACUACAUUGUAUUCCUUUGUUACAUUUGGCUCUUGCUUUCAGCAAUUCACAGAAAUGCUUGGAGCUCUCUCUCUCUCUCUCUCUCUCUCUCUCUCUCUCUCUCUCUCUCUCUCUCUCUCUGUCUCUCCCCUCCCUUCCUCUCUCCCUUUCCCUCUCCCUCUCUGUCCCCCUCCCUCUCUCCCUCCCUCUACAUCCUUUCCUUCCUCUCUCCCUUUCCCUCUCCCUUUCCCUCUCUCUCUCCCUCUCUCCCUCCCUCUCUACUCUCCCACUACAUCCUUCCCUUUCUCUCUCCCUCUUUCCCUCCCUUCCUCUUUCCAUCCACACACACCUCUGUGUGUGUGUGUGUGUGUGUGUGUGUGUGUGUGUGUGUGUGUGUGUGUAUGUGUGUGUGUGUGUAUGCAAGUUAUUCCUUCUUGUCAUUUCACACCAAGGAGAAGAUAUUACAUACUUUUUUCCUAAGCAUUGCUGUGGACUUUUCUGAUUCUAGCAUCAUGUUGCUAUUUGGUAUUUAGCCAUUGUAGACCUGUCUUACCCUUAGACCAAGUGUUAAAAGGGCUUUUAUUAAUAGAAGCAGUAUUAACAAGAGGCCUCUUUCUUUCCCUCCCAUUCUCCCAUCCUUUCUUGCCCCCUCUUUGUAUAAUAUUGUGAGUUAUAAUUUAUAAUUGCAUUAUAGUAGAUUUAUUGCCUAUCAGAAUUUUGACUAAUGUACCCAGAAAAAAUAGAAGGAAGAAAUUGUGCAUCUGUCCCUUCAGAAUUAAAGGGACAAUUCCUUUUGACCUUUUGAGUGUUUGUUUUUAUUUUUUCAGCAAGGUUGCAGUAUCCUGCCCAAGUCCUGGGCCUGCUGGUAUGAAGCACCUUACCGGGACCCCUUUUUUAAACCAGUAUAAAUGCUUGUUUUGGGAAAAUGAAAUCUGUCAGCAAAUAAGAACCAAAACUGAAUAAUUCUUUUUUUUUAAUUAUUAUUAUUUUUGUAUUUUUUCUGUACAUUGACACUGUCUUCAGACACCAGAGGAGGGCAUUGGAUCCCAUUACAAAUGGUUUUGAGCCAGCAAGUGGUUGCUGGGAAUUGAACUCAGGACCUCUGGGAAAGCAAUCAGUUCUCUUAACCACUGUGCCAUCUCUUCGGCUCCUGAAUAAUUCUUAAAUUCAGCAGAGUUAUACUUACUCACAGGGGUUAGCCUGAGAAUUUUUCAUUUUCCUAGUAAAAUUUUUUGUUAUCCCUAUUUCCUGAUUGUUAAUUAGUUGAAAGUUAUGGGAGAACUUGUGGCUUUACUUUGCAUCUCUAGCACAGGCUCUAUCUCUAACCAAAAUGACCACUUUAUAUCUGGGUCCUUUGGGUUACCUGGAGGGGCUCAGUGAAAGAGAAAAACUAAUUCAAUAGACAUACGAGAAAAAUAACCCAGGCCUUGAGGAGUGGCUCAGAGGUAGAGAGUUUAUGUAGCAUGCGCAAGGCCCUGAAUUUGGUCCCCAGCACCACCAAAAGGGAGAGAGAGAUCUUGGGUACACGUGCUAGCAAGAGGAUUAGCACUCACCCAUUCAUCACACAUACUGAGAGCUUUCCCAUUCUGCCUACUUUUGUCACUAGAGCUAAACUGAAGGUGACAUUCAUGAUGCAGGAGAUUGACUCUCUUCAGUAUAUGUAAAUUAUCCCAAUACCCUAAUUACUUUCUAACUGUCUGUCUAUUUUCAUGCCAUGCUAAGCCUCAUAUUAAUAAAGUUCUGUUUUUACUGCUCUUGCUCUUCAGGCAAUUUUUUACAUUAAUAUUUUAUAUGUAGAUUAAAUGUUAUGGAAAAGUGCCUUUUUACCAUGCCAGUGCCCCCUUCUUUAGUAUAUGUGCUGCCAAAGCAAGCACCGUGCCCCCUUCUUAAAAACUUCACCUUCCACUAUUGCCAAAAUUCUGUGAACAACUGGUUUUAUCAGGUCCCAACUUGUACUUUUUCCAUGUGACCAUUAUUUUCUCCAUUUCUUGGUCACCAUAGGAGAUAACCUUGUCAGUUCCUUUGACUUAAAAAUAAUAGAGAAAGUGCUUUGGCAGAAUUGCUUGGGAAAGUAAGUGCACACUGUUCAGGCUUGUGUGAAUCUAAUUUCCUCAUCCCAACAAAUUAUAGAUGGCUAUCACCUGAAUAAGAACAAAAAUAAACAUUUGGCUGUCUGUGAGACUUCAUGCACAAAAAUGUGUGUUAAAUGUUAUAAAGGCACUACUCAACAGCCUCUUCUCAGAUCCUAAUUAGCUGGGGGUGGGGGGGAACAGUCACUAAAACUUAGGUUUUGUAAGGCCUGGAGGUAACAUUGGGUUUUUUUCCUUAAUUAAAUGUGACAAAGUAGUUUAUUUCUUAUCUAUCUGAACUUCAGUUAAUUGACUUUAGAAAACUUAAUGUCAGAAAAAACUUAGAAGUCAUUUGAGUGGGGGGGGGGGGAGAGCUAAAGUAAUGUUUUAGUCUCAGAUACAGUUGGGUUGAGUGUCCUGGUUUUGUCCAUUUUGUUUCUGAUCCAACUCUUUAUGGUGGUGCUUGAAGAAAGAGACAUCAGCAUCAAAUUCAGGACAGUAGUAACUUAAACUCCACAACAAAGGUGUGUUCCCCAUGCAAGUAUGAUUGUAACUGUUGGUGGACUGAAGAUAGCAUAGUUAUGCAGUAUUUGUAAUACUCUAUUGUGCACUUUAAUCAUUCCAAAAAAAGCCAAGAAUACAUCUUAACUAUUCAGAAUACUGCAUAUUUAUUUUGGAUAUAUGGCUUGGUGUGUUAGGUUCCUGCUUAAUUAAAGUAACUUACAAUAAGUUUGAAAUUACUAUUUUCUAAAGGACUUAAGACCUUGAAAUGUAGCUGUAGGGAAAUGACUAUAUUUUGCAGACCAUUUUAGAAAUAGUAAAAUUUGACUGGCUGAUGAGUAUGUCGGAGAGCUACUUAGAACCAUUCCCCUUCCUUCGUGUCCCUUAUAUAAGAAUGCUAUAGUGUAUAGUUUCUACCCCUGUGGUUUAUGCAAACCAGUAUGGUCCUCUGCCCAGCAGCUAGCUGAUGCAGUAUGAGCAGGGAACUAGUUAAAGGUGCACAUUCUUGGGCAGUAGCCCAGGCAUACUGAAUUAGAUCUGAAGUGGGGCCCAGCAGUCUGUCUAACCCAAGUCCCCAGUGAGUCCAGUGCAUCCUUAGUUUCAGAGCCACUCUAACGGAUGAGUUCUAUCUAGUGAAAGCCAGAGAAUUUCUUCCCACUUUUAAGAGAUAAUUAUUUCUUCUUUGUGUAUAUUCAGCCUUACCUGGUUAUCUGUGAUCAUUUCUCAACAAUAAUAAUUUAUUCUCAGUACUGCCUAAGAAAUGCAUGUGUUUUAUGUAUAUACAGUGUAGUUAUUGAUAAUUCAUUUAACUUAGUUUGGCAUUUCCCUACCACUGACUAAAAAGUUUACAUUAACUGACUGAUUUCAAUAUAUAGGUGCAAUGUUCUGUAUUUCUUUAAUUGUUGUGACACUUACUUAGCUAAAAUAAUUGAUGGGUGCUACAGUCUCCUGUUUAUGCAUAACAUGGGUACAUUGUGGGCAGUGUAAUACAAGCUUUCUCUUUGUUGCCUCUUAAUUUACCAGCAGGCCAUGGUUUUGCUCUUGGCUAGACCAGCUCUCAGAACAGAAUUGCCAUUCCAUACCAUUUUUCUUGUAUCUGAGAUCUCAGAUAGAUGGCUAGCCAGGCCAACAUAGCACCUUAUUUAAUUUCUUCUCUUAAUAGAUUCUUUUCAAGUAGCUUACUUGGCAUUUGAACAGUGCAGUCAAGUGAUGGUUCUCCUUGGAACUCACACUUCAGGUGAAGUACUUAACAAAAUGAUAAGACAGUGCAUUUUAUAAUUUGGGUAUCCCCUUUCUCAGUUGUGUGCAUCUUAAUAAAUACAAGCUAAGCAGGUUUAUUUUUUUCCUUUAGAAUUCAGCACUUCCAUCAUCCUUCCACUGUUUACAAAUCGCUGAUGAGUUAACUCAUGAUAGAGAGAUUCACUUUUCAGAAUAAAACUAACUGAAUACUUGCUUUCUGAGAAUCACUGCUUCUGUACCACACUAGCAGUGCUAAGUGGCUUACUCUACAAACUGGUGCUGGAAAGUAAGUAGGCAAGCUGUUGGGAUGCUGUAGAGACCCCCUCCCUUCCCCUUCUGUCACUGGAUACAGAGCAUUCUACACAAUUUAUUUAACCAAGGUUUGUAACACCUCCUUUAAAGAUCCUGCAUUCAACCCAUGUCACCCCUACCUGCUCUCUCACAUUGGUCCUUCCCUUUCCCAGGAACCCACCCCAGCAGUAAUAAUAUGCAUGGUUUGUAGGGGUGGCCUAUUGUUACUAUUUUAGCUAGUGAGCCUCAGGAAAGCUUACACUCACACAUAACCCCAGACGCUUGCAAGUGAGUUGAGAAUCAAACUUCUGUGACCUGGCUGGAGUUAGAGUUCAGCGACAGAGCCUUUGUACACACAAGGCCCAAGGUAGGUGUAAUCCCUGGUACCAAAGAGAGACAGACAGACAGACAGAGCUGUCCUGUAUCGAAGUGAUCACAAUUUCACUCAUUAGAGACCUUCUGCAGUGCAAUUGAACUAACCCCUUCUCUCUAAUGAAUGUAUCUGUUCACCUUGUUCCCUCUAAGGAUAAGCUCCAAGUGAUUGCUGCUUUCCUGGCAACUUGACUGAGUUUCACUCUCUUCUUUUACUUCCUGUUUUAAUGAGUAACUUGGAAUAUUUCAUUAACAUGUUCUCAAGUGAUUUAGCUGCCAUUCUGCCAUUUUGAGUUUUGUUUAAUUUUAUCUGCUUGAGCACACUGAUCAACCACUGACCUGCCUUCUUGCAUUGUCCUGCAGUGACGUAAGAGUGACAUUGUGUAUACGGCUUCAUAGUUGGAAUUUCAGAGCACUGACACCAGAUAUUCUCAGUUUGUUCUCUGGGGGAAUUUCAUUUGCAUCUAUGUUUUUAGCUAUCUGUGAUAACUUGUUAAAUAUUAAAAAGAUAUUUUGCUUCUAUUGGAACAUUUGUAUACUCGCAAUUAUAUUUCUGUAAACAGCUGCAGUCAAAAAUAAAACAUUGAAAGUUUUCA